GUAUUUCCCUUGCUUUGCUUUCUCUUCUCGACCAUCCCCACCUUAUCUCAUCAAAACACCUUGGUUUGUAAUGAAACUGAGAAACGUGCCCUUCUAAGCUUCAAACAUGCUCUCUCGGAUCCUGGACAUUGCCUUUCAUCUUGGUUUUCUCAGGAAGACUGUUGUGGAUGGAAUGGAGUCUAUUGUCACAACAUCACUGGUAGAGUUAUCAAGCUCGAUUUGAAGAAUCCUCAUGGUUAUAAUUUCUCAUUGGGGGGCAAGGUUAGUCCUGCGUUGCUUCAAUUAGAAUUUUUGAAUUACUUGGACUUGAGCCAAAAUGAUUUUGGAGGUACUCCAAUUCCAAGUUUCCUAGGUUCCAUGCAGAGUUUAACAUACCUUGACCUCCACCAUGCUUCAUUUGGUGGACUAAUCCCUCCCCAGCUUGGAAAUCUUUCCAAUCUUCAACACCUCAGUUUAGGAGGUGGUGAUUCCCUCUACGAACCACAACUUUAUGUUGAGAACCUUGGUUGGAUUUCUCAUCUUUCUUCUUUGGAAUACCUGUUCAUGUAUAAGGUUGACCUUCAAAGGGAAGUUCAUUGGCUUGAAUCUACAUCUAUGCUAUCUUCCCUUUCCGAGUUAUACUUGUUUGCAUGUGAACUCAAUAACAUGAGUCCAUCUCUUGGGUAUGUCAAUUUUACAUCUCUCACUGUCCUUGCUCUUCCCGGGAAUAAUUUCAAUCAUGAGAUACCCAAUUGGCUAUUUAAUCUCAGCACUAGUCAUAUACCUCUAAAUGGUUUAGAUUUAUCAAACAAUCAGUUGACAGGGCAAAUACCAGAGUAUUUAGGAAACUUAUCAUCCUUGACGUCUUUAUCUCUUAAUCGAAAUAGGUUAAAUGGACCUCUUCCAAGCAGUCUGGGGCUUCUUUCAAAUUUGGAGGAUUUAGUUAUUGGAAAUAACUCCUUAGAAGGCACAAUAUCAGAAGUUCAUUUUAAUAAACUCUCAAAAUUGAAGUACUUAGACAUGUCCUCAACAUCUCUUAUUUUCAAAGUCAAGUCCAAUUGGGUUCCUCCUUUUCAACUUGAACGUAUGUGGAUGAGUUCCUGCCAGAUGGGCCCCAAUUUUCCCACGUGGCUAGAAACUCAAACAUCUCUUCAGUAUCUAGACAUUUCCAAGUCAGGAAUUGUGGACAUAGCUCCAAAAUGGUUCUGGAAGUGGGCUUCACAUAUUGAUAGACAACUGAUCGACCUCUCAGAUAACCAGAUAUCUGGGAAUUUAUCUGGAGUUCUGCUAAAUAAUCCUUACAUUGAUUUAAGCUCUAAUUGCUUCAUGGGUGAGUUACCACGAUUGUCUCCACAAGUUUCUAGAUUGAACAUGGCUAACAACUCAUUUUCGGGACCAAUUUCCCCUUUCUUGUGCCAAAAAUUGAAUGGAAAAAGUAAUCUCGAGAUAUUGGACAUGUCAACAAACAAUUUAUCAGGGGAGCUUUCUCAUUGUUGGGCGUAUUGGCAAUCUCUGACUCGUUUGAACUUAGGAAACAAUAAUCUUUCAGGUAAAAUUCCCGACUCCAUGGGCUCUUUGUUUGAACUUAAAGCAUUGCACUUGCAUAAUAAUAGCUUAUCUGGAGAUAUACCACCUUCACUGCGAAACUGCACAUCCUUGGGGCUCUUGGAUUUAGGUGGUAACAAACUUUCAGGAAAUUUACCAAGCUGGAUGGGAGAGAGGACGACUCUGAGGGCUCUCAGUUUAAGAUCAAACAAAUUAAUUGGCAAUAUUCCUCCACAAAUAUGCCAGCUUUCUUCUCUUAUAAUAUUGGAUGUCGCCAAUAAUAGCCUAUCUGGAACCAUACCAAAGUGUUUCAAUAAUUUCAGUUUAAUGGCAACAAUAGGCACUGAAGAUUAUGCCUUUUUUGUUUUAGACUACUUCGACUUGUAUGUAGAGAAUCUUAUGUUGGUCAUCAAAGGGAGGGAAUCAGUGUACAACAGCAUUCUAAAAUUCGUUCGGAGCAUUGAUCUUUCAAGUAAUGGUUUGUCAGGAUCAAUCCCUACCGAAAUCUCAAGUCUUUAUGGAUUGGAAUUUUUGAACUUAUCUUGCAAUAAUUUGAUGGGAAGCAUACCGGUGAAAAUGGGACGCAUGAAGGCCUUAGAAUCUCUGGAUCUCUCGAGAAACCAUCUCUCAGGUGAAAUUCCUCAAAGCAUGAAGAAUUUAUCAUUUCUUAGUCACUUGAAUCUAUCAUACAACAAUUUUUCGGGAAGAAUUCCAUCAAGCACACAACUUCAAAGCUUUGAUGCAAUUAGCUACAUUGGCAAUGCUGAGCUUUGUGGAGCCCCUCUGACAAAAAAUUGCACAGAAGAUGAAGACUUUCAAGGUGUAGACGUGAUUGAUGAAAAUGAAGACGGCUCUGAAAUCCCAUGGUUCUACAUUGGCAUGGGACUUGGGUUCAUUGUAGGCUUUUGGGGAGUCUGUGGUGCUCUUUUAUUCAAGAAAGCUUGGAGGCAUGCUUAUUUCCAAUUUCUUUACCGUGUUAAAGACUGGGUGUAUGUGGCCAUUGCGAUAAGGUUGAACCGGCUCCAGAAUAAUUUGAGGGUGCCCCGGAUGUAGAAAGAAAUGAGUGAUGUGGGGGAUAGGAAGGAUUCUUGUUAAUUUAGUUUAUAUUUGGCCUUGGAGCCUUUGUUUAGACACAUUGAUUUGGAUCAUGUAUUAUGUUUUUAAUUGUCAAGUUAAUUUGAACGGAAUUAUUUUUUCAUAAUUAUGUGAAACAGGAACAAUAGUUUUAGCUCUA